AAAAUGAACUACUAUGAUAUUUACAGUCCUCAGAUGAUGAGGAUUCUUGAUGAUGAUAUUCCUUCAGUGGUUAGAUCAGCUUCAGCUUACUCUGGAUUUCAACCCGAUGAUGUGACAUACAGAACUCGACCAAACACUGAUUACGUCAUCAAUAGGGAUUACAGGCUUCAUGCUCCAACCUGGAGCUGGGCAGGUGGACAGUACGCACCUAGAUCCUCUCCUAACCCAGGAUACUCCAGUUUUACUCCUGCCGUGAUCCCAGCACGAGAGGAUUCUGGCAGAGGACUCGGCAGAACUUAUCAGGAUAGAUCGGGAUAUCAGGAUAGGAGUGGAUAUCAGGAUAUAAGUGGAUAUCAGGAUAGAAGUGGAUAUCAGGAUAGAAGUGGAUAUCAGGAUAAGAGUGGAUAUCAGGAUAAGAGUGGAUAUCUUUCUCAUGAUUAUCUCUCAUCGGGAUACAAGGAGAGAACCCCGAGACCAUAUCUGUAUUCUGAAUCUGAUCCAAGCUUGUAUACUGGAAGAUACUCAGGAAGACAAAGUGUUCUGAUUCCAGAAUCAAGAAAAGAGAAACCUUACUUCUUGAACACUGUACUUCCAGAUCGAUAUGCUUUCGGAGUAGGAGUAAAUACUCGUGAUAAUACAGAGUUUCCUUUCAAGAAGUAUAGAAGUGAUUUCGUUCCUUUUGCCCCUUAUCCUCGCCUAUACGAUUCAGUUAAGUACUCUUUGAACCCUGAUUGGAGUGGGUACUACGGAUACAGAUAUAGAAAAGCUAGGUUUAUAUAUGACUCUGAGGAUCAUGAGACGAGCAGAGCGAGGGAGAUUGAAAGAUCAAUGCGAGAAGCAAGGCUUAGAGAACUCUGCAAGGGCGUUUAUAGUUCUAGCUAUGGACAAAAUAUCAUGACGAAGAUAGGUUCCACUGCUUGCACCGAGGAUUCUGCAAAAGAAGAAUCUAAGCCAAGAAGGGAAAGGGAUCCAGAUAUUGCAGCUCUAAUCCUUUCUUCCAGAAGCUUAGAAGCAGAAACUGCAACCAGUGAGGAGGAAAAGAAAAGAAAGACCUUGACUCUAACAGAGAAAAGGAGAAGAAACGAAACACUGGCAAUUGGUUUAACGAACGAGAGUUUGUUAAAAAAGAAUGAGGAUGACAAGAUGACAAGUCAAGUUUGUGAUCCUGAACCUAAAAAGAGGGACUGCCUGGAAAAGGGAGAACCUGGAGAAGAAAAUAUCACUGAACAGGUUUUAAAAGCCGAACCUGCAAAGUAUGAACCCAAGCCUGAACCUCAAGCUAUCAAUGGAGUUUCUUCAGCGGAACCAGCGCCUCUGUCUGAAAAAGAACCCAUCCCCGAACCUGAGCCUGAAACCACCCCGGUAACCGAACCCGAGCCUGAAAUAACCCCAAAUCCUGAACCCGAAACUUUUAAAGAACCAACCCCUGAACCCGUUUCAAUUCCCACUGAACCUACUUCAGUAGAGGCCUUAACGGAACCUGAAACUGAGCCACCCCGCAAUGAAUCUGAACCCAAACCUGAGCAUGUUGAAGAAAUUGGACUAAUCGAAGAUCAAGAUUCUGUAAAUCCUAUUGAAAACACCGAUAUCACUACGGAAGAAGUUGAGGAAAUCGGACUAAUCGAAGAUCAAGAUUCUGUAAAUCCUAUUGAAAACACGGAUAUCACUACGGAAGAAGUUGAGGAAAUCGAACUAAUCCAAGAUCAAGAUAUGGCCGAACCUGAGGAGAUCAAAAAUGACACUUCGGAGCAGGUUGAAGAAAUUGGACUGAUUGAAGAUGAAGAUCAUGUUGAAACUAUUAAGGAACCUGCUGACGAUGAAUGUAAUGAGGUUGAAAUUAAGAUUGUAACUGAAACUAGUAGAGUAGAUAUUAGCUCUCUACCCCCGACAAUAGAUCUCCAAGAUCUAACAGCCAAGUCCUCUACUAUUACCAAGAUUAACCCUGACGGAACAGAAACUAUUGAAACUACAAUCACCGAGUUCACCACUAUAUCUGACGGAAACGCCAAUGAUACUUUUGAGACUAAGAUCACAACAGUAACUAUAGAAUCCAAGGUUGAGGAUAAAGAGAAGGCUGAAGAGAUAAAUAACAAGGUUUUGGCAGAUCUUAUAAACAACCAGAAGGAGAUGGAGAUGGUUGAGGAAUGUGAGAAGGAUGAAGUUGUAGAGAAUGGUCAAGAUUAAAGAAAACAUGUUGAAAGCUUUGAAACUGAAAACAAACAUGUUUUCAAACUGUUUUGAAUGUCAAGUUUUAGUUAGAGAUUUAGUGACGUAGAGAGAAGUAUAAAGGUGUAUUGAAAUUAUAAAAACCUAGUAAACAAAUUAAAUUCUAUUUUGCUGUUGUUGUUAAAAGACAAGUUGUUGUAAAAUGUAUGUUUCUUAAGGUAAAAUACUAAUAAAUGUGAAACACAAAUUAGGAACAA